GAAGAAAACGAAAUGCAAGAAACAAAGAACAAGAACGCGUUUUCACAAAGAACAAUCACUGUUGAGUCUUCAUAGUCUCUCUCCUCACAAAACUCUCUCUCUCUCUCUACCCAUCUUUACAAUCACCACAAAAAUUAGGGCUUGGGUUUGGGGGUUUUGAGCAAACCAAGCUCUAUAAGACUGAUUCAAACACUCAAAAAACUUGCAAAGAUUCAAUCUUUUUUUAAAUUUUCUUGGACCCUUUAAGGGUUUCAAUAAUGGGUCGUUACAAAUGUUACAGUUCUCACAAGCCCUUCAAGUUCUUGAUUUUCUUUUGGGUUUUUGCCUCUGUUUAUGGGUCGGACCUUUUUGGACCCGAUUCGGAUAAAUCGGCUUUGUUGGAGAUGAAAGCCUCUGUUUCUGACCCUACUGGAAUGCUCUCCAGCUGGAAAUCUACAAGUGCUAAUCACUGUUCUUGGUAUGGUGUCAGCUGUGAUGCAAAUUCCAGGGUUUUGGCUCUCAAUGUUAGUGGCGGUGGAGGUAAUUCUGGUUCUUUUUCUUGUGCUAAAUAUGCUCAUUUUUCUAUAUAUGGUUUUGGAAUUAGAAGGGUUUGUAGCGGUAGUGGUGUUGUGUUAAGUGGUAAGAUUUCACCUGCUGUUGCUAAGUUGAGCGAGCUUAAGGUUUUGUCAUUGCCUUUUAAUGGGUUAAGUGGUGAAAUUCCUGUGGAAAUUUGGGGGAUGGAGAAGCUUGAAGUUCUUGAUCUCGAGGGGAAUUCUGUUGGCGGUUUGUUGCCUAGCGAGUUUAAAGGGUUGAGGAAUUUAAGGGUUCUUAAUUUGGCGUUUAAUGAGAUUGGAGGGGGAAUUCCAAGUUCUUUGUCGGAUUGUGGGGGCUUACAAGUGUUGAAUUUGGCAGGGAAUCAGAUGAAUGGGACAAUUCCGGUGUUUUUGGGGAAAUUUGGGGAUUUAAGGGGGGUUUAUUUGUCCUUUAAUGGACUUAAUGGGAAGAUUCCUCAAGAGAUUGGGGAUAAUUGUCGUAAGCUUGAGCAUUUGGAGCUUGCGGGUAAUUAUCUUGUCGGAGGAAUACCUAGCAGUUUAGGUAAUUGUAGCAUGCUGCAGUCACUUUUGUUAUAUUCGAAUAUUCUAGAAGAGGUAAUUCCUAUGGAACUUGGACAGCUAAAUAAGCUUCAAGUAUUGGAUGUUUCAAGGAACAGUUUGAGUGGAAUGAUACCCUCUGAACUUGGUAAGUGUUCAGAGUUAUCGAUUGUAGUAUUUUCAAACUGGUGGGAUCCUCUUAGUGGCGGUGUCGAGUCAGAUUCUGAUCUUUUGUCGACUUCUGGUCAUGAAGAAUUUAACUUUUUUCAAGGCACGAUUCCGACAGAAAUCAUUACUCUUCCAAAGCUCAGGGUAUUAUGGGCACCAAGGGCCACUUUGGAAGGAAAACUUCCGACUAAUUGGGGUAAUUGCGACAGCCUGGAAAUGGUGAAUUUGGCUGAAAAUUAUUUCAUGGGAGAAAUUCCCAUGGGUCUAUCCAGAUGCAAGAGCUUGUACUUUCUUGAUUUGAGUUCAAAUAGGCUGACAGGGGGCCUUGUCGAGAGUCUUCAAGUUCCUUGUAUGACCCUGUUUGAUGUCAGCAGUAAUUUUCUGUCUGGUUCUAUGCCCUUGUUUAAUUCUAGUGCUUGUCCUCUUGUUCCUUCAUUAAGCCAUAAGCCUUUUGAACCCUACACCCCUUCAAGCGCAUACGUGUCAUUUUUCGAUUAUGGAGCUCGGAAUGCAACUUCAUUGCCAUUAUUUGGAGAUGUUGGUAAUCUUGCAAUCAUGCACAACUUCGGUGGCAACAACUUUACUGGGGGAUUCUCUUCGGUACCAAUUUCACAAGAGAGAUUAGGUUCACAUACUGUUUAUGCAUUUCUUGCUGGCCAAAACAAGAUGAGUGGACCAUUUCCUGGUGGAUUAUUUGGGAAGUGUGAUAUGCUAAAGGGUUUUAUUGUUAAUGUCAGUGGAAAUGGAUUAUCUGGUCAACUACCGCUAGGAAUUGGUGCAAUGUGCAGGUCUCUCAUACAUUUGGAUACAUCUAGAAAUCAGAUUGCUGGAGCAAUACCUAGUUUUGGAGGUUUGGUUUCUCUUGUUGCUCUUAAUUUGAGCUGGAAUCAUUUCCAAGGUGCUAUUCCUGCCAGUCUUGGUCAGAUAAGUAACCUCAAAUCUAUUUCUUUAGCCAGCAAUAACCUUACUGGCUCAGUACCUCCGAGCUUAUGGCAGCUGCAGUCUUUAGAAGUGCUAGAUGUUUCUUCAAACUCUCUCUCUGGGGAGAUUCCAGACAGUGUUGUGCAUUUGACCAACCUCACCACUCUGCUGCUGAACAACAAUAAAUUCUCUGGUCAGCUCCCUACUGGUUUGGCAAAUGUGGCCAGACUUUCAGUGUUCAACGUGUCCUUCAAUAACCUCUCUGGGCCAGUCCCCGUAAAUAGUAAGGUAAUUAAAUGUAAUGAUCUCCUUGGGAACCCAUUCUUGCAGCCCUGCCGAGUGUACUCUUUAUCAGGAUCAUCUUCAGAUCAACAAGGAGGGGAUUCGCAAAAUUAUGCUGCUUCCCCAUCUGUGAGUGAAAGCAGCAAAAAGAGUGGCAAUAAUGGUUUUAACUCGAUCGAGAUUGCAUCCAUAACAUCUGCAUCAGCCAUUGUGUCAGUUCUGCUUGCUCUCAUUGUCCUGUUCUUUUACACCCGAAAGUGGCAUCCGAAGUCCAGGGUGGGCGGGUCUGUCAGAAAGGAAGUUACUGUAUUUACUGAUAUAGGGGUUCCUUUGUCAUUUGAGAAUGUAGUGCGGGCCACAGGAAGUUUUAAUGCUAGUAAUUGCAUCGGGAAUGGAGGCUUUGGAGCAACCUACAAGGCUGAAAUUUCCCCAGGCGUCUUGGUGGCUAUAAAACGGCUUUCAGUUGGACGGUUUCAAGGAGUACAACAGUUUGACGCAGAAAUCAAAACACUUGGCAGAUUGCGCCAUCCCAAUCUUGUUACUCUAAUUGGAUAUCAUGCAAGUGAGACGGAGAUGUUUCUUAUAUAUAAUUACUUACCUGGCGGUAAUUUGGAGAAAUUUAUUCAGGAAAGAUCCACAAGAGCGGUAGAUUGGAGGAUACUUCACAAGAUUGCUUUGGACAUAGCACGUGCGCUAGCAUAUCUGCAUGAUCAAUGCGUGCCACGUGUUCUUCAUCGUGAUGUCAAGCCUAGUAAUAUAUUGUUGGACGAUGACUUCAAUGCUUAUUUGUCUGACUUUGGAUUAGCUAGACUCCUUGGAACAUCAGAAACCCAUGCUACUACUGGCGUUGCUGGAACUUUCGGAUAUGUUGCUCCCGAGUAUGCAAUGACUUGUCGUGUGUCUGACAAGGCUGAUGUCUAUAGUUAUGGGGUCGUGCUCCUUGAGUUAAUUUCAGACAAAAAAGCGUUAGAUCCCUCAUUUUCUUCAUAUGGCAACGGUUUCAAUAUUGUUGCUUGGGCAUGUAUGCUUUUGCGGCAAGGGCGAGCCAAAGAAUUCUUCACAGCAGGAUUAUGGGAUGCAGGUCCACAUGAUGAUCUGGUUGAAGUGUUACACCUAGCAGUGGUAUGCACUGUUGAAACUCUAUCCACAAGGCCAACUAUGAAGCAAGUUGUUCGGCGGCUGAAGCAACUACAACCGGCAUCAUGUUAGCAGGAUAGGAGCAACCAGGUGAUGACAUAGUGAUUAGUAGGAUCUAAGCACAGCCAGCAACUGUAUGUUUUAUAUAUUAAUAUAAUCAGCUGAUGGGCAUAUGUGAAGCAAUUGUGUAGGCUUUUUAUUAAUUUAUUUUUUUGGUUAAAUGAAUGUUUGAAAUGUUGAAAUAAUUAUGUAGAGUUUUAUUGUUUUAUAAUAUCAAAUUUAACUUGAUCUACA